AUGCAAACAAGAGCGUGGGUGGUGGUGCUCGGCCUCGCCAGCGUCGCGUCGGCCGCGUGCCCGUACGCGACCGUGCUCGCAAAGGAAGUGAUCGUCGCUGACAGCAACUGCGGCAGCCAGCAGUGGUGCGUCGUGCGCUCGUCCGACUGCGCGAUGCUCAACUUCACGUACAAAGCGUCGUACGACAUGUUCACCAACUUUCAAGCCCUCGGCAAUUUGGCCAACUACCCCAACCCCGACCU